UCUAGAAAGUAUAUACGAGUCUUAUAUAGUUUAAUUGUUAAAACAUGACUACUUGUUUGUCAAUGAUUCACGAGAUUUUUUUAUUGAGCGACUAAGUGUGCAGUGUGUUCUGUGAGUUCCGUCUAUGUAAACAUAAUCUAGAUAGUAAAAUACGACAAAACAUAAUGGGUUUACUUGCAGUUUUAACAAUAUUAGGAUUCUUAAAUUCUGUUGUUGGAUUAGUUAAAUAUCAACCAGAAGCUGUACACAUUGCUUAUGGCGAUGAUAUUCAUGACAUUUCUGUCACUUGGAGCACUAAACAUGAUACACAUGAAUCAAUUUGUGAAUAUGGAGUAAAUGGUUUUGCAGUGAUUGCCUAUGGGAAUUCUACACUUUUCAUUGAUGGUGGGUCCAAAAAACAUAAGCAAUACGUGCACAGAGUAUGGUUGAAAAAUUUAACACCAAAUAGUAAAUAUGUUUAUCACUGUGGUAGCAACCUUGGUUGGUCGAAUAUGUUUUACUUCACAACAGUACCAGAUAAUGAUGAAGAAUGGGCACCUCGAGUUGUAAUAUUUGGAGAUAUGGGUAAUGAAAAUGCUCAGAGUUUAUCAAGGCUACAAGAGGAAACCCAAAGAGGUCUUUAUGAUGCUGCAAUUCAUGUAGGAGAUUUUGCAUAUGACAUGAAUACCCACAAUGCUCAAGUAGGCGAUGAGUUUAUGAAACAAAUACAAGAAGUGGCUGCUUAUCUGCCCUAUAUGACAGUACCAGGGAAUCACGAAGAGAAGUACAAUUUUAGUAAUUACAGAGCUCGGUUUACAAUGCCUGGAGAUUCUGAGGGAUUAUGGUAUAGUUUCAACAUGGGGCCAGUGCACUUUGUUGCCCUUGAAACUGAAGCUUAUUACUUUAUGAAUUAUGGUAUUAAGCAACUUGUUAAACAGUUUGACUGGCUUGAUAGGGAUCUUACAGAAGCUAACAAACCAGAAAAUAGAGCUCAAAGACCAUGGAUUGUUACUUUUGGUCACAGACCUAUGUAUUGUAGUAAUGCCAAUUCAGAUGACUGUACAAAUCAUCAAACUCUAGUCCGAGUAGGACUGCCUUUCUUAAACUGGUUUGGUUUAGAAGAUAUGUUUUUUAAGCAUAAAGUAGAUGUGGAAAUCUGGGCCCAUGAACAUAGCUAUGAAAGAUUAUGGCCCAUGUAUAAUUUUAAGGUUUACAAUGGAAGCUACUCAGCACCAUAUACAAACUACAAAGCUCCAGUCCAUAUUAUCACUGGCUCAGCUGGGUGUAAGGAGGGAAGAGAAAAAUUCAUUCCAAAACAACCAGAAUGGUCAGCUUUUCGUAGCUCAGAUUAUGGAUUUACGAGAAUGAUAGCUUAUAAUAAAACUCACUUGUAUUUCGAGCAAGUGUCUGAUGACAAAGAGGGCGAGGUUAUUGACCGAGUUUGGUUGAUUAAAGAUGAUUUACUGCCCAAAUAUGUAGUGCCUGACGUAUGAUAAGAAUGAAUCGACCAUUUUAUCGGAACAAAAAACAAAACGAAAAUAUGCCGUGUAUAAUAUAAUUUAAUGCAUAAGUUUGUAAAACGUUAUUUAUAUUAAGAGCUGUGAUUAAUCGUAAACGUAAUUAAAUAUAUAAAUUAUCACGUGCAUAAAUAAAUUGGU